AUGAAGUCACUGAAGAUUCCAAUGAACACCAACUGGAAAGUGGAUCCAAACAAUGAAGGAAAAUCUGUAUCUUCAACUAAAUACAGAGAAAUCAUUGGUUCACUACUUUAUUUGACUGCUAGCAGACCAUACAUAGCAUUUGCAGUCGGAGUUUGUACGAGUUAUCAGUCAAAUCCAAAAGAAGCUCAUAUGGAUGCUGCAAAGCGCAUUCCAAAAUAUCUCAAAGGCACACCCAAUAUAGGUAUUUGGUAUCCAGCUGACGACAACUUCAAGCUUUCGGGAUACUCAGACUCAGAUUUUGCAGGAUGCAAAAUUGAUAGGAAAUCAACUUCCGGCACCUGUCAAUUCUUAGGCAACAAGCUUAUCUCUUGGUUUUUAAAUAAACAGACUUCAGUCGCCACCUCUACAACUGAAGCUAAAUAUGUUGCUGCUGGAAGUUGCUGUUCACAAAUUCUUUGGUUAGUCCAACAACUGAAGGACUACGGGAUCGAAGAAAGGGAAGUCCCCAUCUAUUGCGACAGCUCCAGUGCUAUUGCAAUCACGGAGAAUCCUGUACAUCACUCCAGAUGUAAACACAUCUCAAUACGUCAUCACUUCAUCCGUGAUCAUGUGGAAAAGAAGGAUGUAUCAGUUGUGAAGAUUCAUACAAGCAUUCAACGAGCCGACUUGCUGACUAAGGCUCUUCUGGAAGAUAGAUUCAAUGAUCUAUGUGGAAGGAGUGGAUUACUAAAUCCAGAGGAUUGA